GCGUGAGAACGGCAGCGGUGUGUGUUUGGACCUCCAGGUGAUUGAUAACGUUCCCGGAGCCAAAGUGGAGGAGGACACAGAGACACACCACGUCCUCGCAGGAAACCUAUACAAACCCAGGAGACGGUAUCAGUCCCACUACAGCCGUCACUUCAUGCCUCUGGGGGAGAAGGAGCGUCAGGACCGUGAGGUGUUUCAGAGGAACAUGAGGAGCCGCAUGGAGACUUUCAAAUCCACCCGACACAAACGCCACAAGAAGGAGAGGAGCCUCAAGAAG